GAAAAGCGCGCGUACUUUUAAAUGUUAUUCGGUCCAAUCGCUGGUAGUCUGACUGUAUAAAAGAAGGGCUGCUCUUCCCCUUAACAGAAGUCUCUCAAGACGUCUCUUGCGCUGUAUUCAUGGCUCGUACCAAGCAGACGGCUCGCAAGUCCACCGGCGGCAAGGCGCCGCGCAAGCAGCUGGCCACCAAGGCCGCCCGCAAGAGCGCGCCGGCCACCGGCGGCGUGAAGAAGCCCCACCGCUACCGGCCCGGCACCGUGGCGCUGCGCGAGAUCCGCCGCUACCAGAAGUCCACCGAGCUGCUGAUCCGCAAACUGCCGUUCCAGCGCCUCGUGCGCGAGAUCGCGCAGGACUUCAAGACCGACCUGCGCUUCCAGAGCUCGGCCGUCAUGGCGCUGCAGGAGGCCAGCGAGGCCUACCUGGUGGGCCUGUUUGAGGACACCAACCUGUGCGCCAUCCACGCCAAGCGAGUGACCAUCAUGCCCAAGGACAUCCAGCUGGCCCGUCGGAUUCGGGGGGAGAGGGCUUAAGUAUAAGUGCAGAUUCGAUCAGCUUGAUUAAUUAAGUAACCCAAAGGCUCUUUUCAGAGCCACCCACUUUCUUCAGUAAAAGUAUGUGACCUUUAAGAUUGAUAGCUAUCCCGUUUUUCCAAGACAGACUAAGUGGACUAAUGUCACAGUGUUAUUAACUGUGGGCUCAGCUCUGCAUACACCUUGAGCCAUUGCAUCAGCCCCUUUUUUCGAGAUAGGUUUAUGCGAGCUUUUUCUGAGUUGCCUCCUAACUGCGAUCCUCCUGAUGUCUGCCUCUAGAGUAGGGUUGCCGGCGUGACCGGCAGACUCAGCCUAGGCCUGUUUUUGAUAAGAGCUAAACAAGUACUCAGGUGCUUGCUGUGUUAACCAUCUGAAAGAGUUGGAUGGCUUCCUCUGUACUUAUUUCUCCCUAUUUUAAGUAAGUUUGUUGAUGAAAGUUCCUUUAGUGUUUUGUGUCUCCAUUUAUUCCUUUAGCACUAUGCUUUGAGCCUGUAGAAUCAAUUCAAAUGUAUUUACAGAUACUAGGCAAUUUCACUUCUGCCUAUACUAUUUUCUAGAGGUUUAGAAUUGAAAGUUGGUGAAUCAGGAUAGGGUCUAUGUUUCAAGUAGUGAUUGUGGUUUUUAUUAUAUGCAUUUUAUACUAUAUUUCUGAAACUAAAAAACUAGUGUGCUAAAUGGCAGCUGCAAAUUUCAAAGACCUUCGAGUUUCUUUUUCCACAAAUCCCUUAUACUUAAUAUUCUUAACACAUAUAAGAUGUGGCUUAAUGGACUGCCAAAAUUAUUUGAACUCAGAAAAAGAAAUUAAGUGGAGAUGUCACUCAAGUGGUAUAGUUCCUUCCUAUACUUUGAACUGUGUAAUUCCCUUGGAUUUGUGCUCAUGGUCUUAACACAAUAACUUGGUUUGAAGGUAUUUGCAUUUUUUUUAAAUUCUGGAAACUAAUAUGUGUGUGAUUGGUGGUACACUUCAUUUUCUAGAUGAUGUACAAGUAAUUGUGUCAGGCAUUUUGUAUCAAUAGAAGGUGCCUGACAGAGACAUUGGUAAAAUUGUCCUAUACCAAGGUGACUGAAAGCUCAGCCCCAGCUGAAGACCAAAUAUUGCAAUAUUCUGGUUAUACCUGAGAUGGCUCUGAUAUACAGUUCUUGAUUUUAUAUAUUCUAUUCAUAUGUAAAAAAAAAGUUUUUUUUGGUAUAGGAUCUGACAAGAAUAACAAUA